AUGGGCAACAUCUGUAGCGCGGAGGAGACGCGGACAGAGGUGAUCGCGAUCGACAAGGAGCCGGCAAAGACUGAGCCACUACCGACGGCCCAGAGACCAGAAGAGAAGUUGGACAAAGCCGAGCCGGUUGAAACUGCCGAGCCAGAACCGCCGGCGAAGCCUCAGGGCCUCAAGAUCACCUUCCUCAAUGCGAAAGACGAGGCUGUGGAUGUCAUCUUCGAGAAGAAGCCUUUGGGUUUCAGGUUUGCAUCGGACAAAACCCCGAUGACAGUGUCCGCCAUCAGUGACACGGGAUGCGUCAAGGAGAAGGGUCUGGACGUGCAGGUUGGCUGGAAAAUCAAGGCGCUCAACGACAACAAUGUGCUGGAUGUGGCGCCAAAGGAAGCCAUUGACAAGUUCCAUUCCUCUCUCCAGGAUUCACUGCCGGGUUUGAGGAUCACGUUCCUCAACGACAGGGAAGAAGCUGUGGAUGUCACCUUUGAGACGAAGCCUUUGGGAUUUAAGUUCGUAUCGGACAAAACUCCGAUGACAGUGUCCGCCAUUACUGACGCUGGAUGCGUCAAGGAGAAGGGUCUUGACGUGCAGGUCGGAUGGAAAAUCAAGGCGGUCGACGGCAACGAGGUGCUUGGAAUGGCUCCCAAGCAAGCGUUGGACAAGUUCAUGGCAUCUCUCAAGACGUCUUUGCCGUAA